AUUCACUUGUGCGAGUACUAGACGGUGAGCGCUGAGCAUCGCCAUGAGUGAGAAGGAGAUUAAGAAGGUCACCGUGGAGAAAAAAGACGAUGCAAGACGCCAAACCAGGCGAGGACCUCGAAGAAAUGCCAAGGGCAGCCCUUCACGAGAAGAGACCUCUGACUCACCGUCUUCUACAAAGAGUUCACAGCGCACCAGGAGAGCAAGGGCGCCAUCCAGUCGAAAGUCAACAAACAGGGAGGAUACACGACUGGAUGAGCUGGAUGACAUAAGCAAACUAAUCGAGUGUGUUCCCGAGAUCACUCUCAUCAACUCUACAAACAAGGCGAAAAUCUACAAAGCUGAGAUCAACAAUGAACAGUACAAGAUUACAAUACCAACGUUGAAGAAGUCGCCCUUGCAACUACAAUCGUUUCCCGGGAAACCGUCCAACAUGGAUGUAAUACGGAACUUCAAUGCAAAGGUCCGAGCCAUGGAUAAAAGCGUAAAGUUCUACUUCAACUACUUGGUGAACGAUUAUCGUCACCUCCAGCUUCCAGCUAACGACUUUAAACUGUACGAAAAUUCCAAGAACAAGCCGCAGUUACAGGUGGUAUAGUUACAACUACACAGCCAUUACAUAAACAUAAUCAUCACAAUAGAUUUAUGUCCGUGGAGUCGGUUGAACUCCCUGUAUACUUUUAAACCAUUCUUGCACCUUUUCGUUACGAAUAAAGGCAACACAUUUUUCUAACGUUGGACUCAUCAAAAUCAUACAAAAUAAAGAAGAAUAUCGUAAAAAUUCCACUAGCUUGGGAAAUCAGUUGAAAGUCUUGAUGAAUUCCUCAGUCUUCUUCUUCUCCUCAGCUCUCUUGGCAUCAUCCCAGUUGAACUCAUCACCGAUAACUUGCACAACACCAUCAACAGCCUU